AUGGCCGAUCCUCGCGUGCUUGCCGUCGACGGCUUCACCAAGCAGUCAUCACCAAUCCAUGACGCCGGAGAUGGACCCCAUCAGGGGACAGGCGAACAUAUAGCCUACGCAUAUGCAAGAGCUCAUGCGGCGCGGAUCGUUAUAUCUUCGCGCUCGUUACAUGACUUGGAAGCCGUUGCAGAUAAGAUCAAAAGCAUCAACUCGACCAUACAAACUGACGUCGUCGAAGUGUGA